AUGACUUUCGGUCCCAUUGUGCACCCAAUAAACAGCGUUGAUGAGCUGAACGAGUCCAGUGCUACUCUUUGGAGCAUCGCCAAGGGAAACAAGCCCCUGCCGGUCUCUCGUGUUCCGUUUUGGAUUGACGUUAGAGAUUUGGCGAAGGCCCACGUUGAAGCUUUGAUCAGGCCUGAGGCUGGUGGAAGGAGGUAUGUCCCUGCAUCACCUGAGAGGUUCUCAUACGCAAAAGCCGCACAAAUUAUGUUAGACCGUUUCGAAAGCUUAAAGGGAAAAGUGGAGGCUGAUAGCCAGGUGAUUGAUGAGUCGUAUGGUCUUGAUGGGGAGACAGUAGCCGAGGAACUCGGUCUUGAGCUUCACACAUUCCAAGAUACUGUGACUGAUCUAAUCUCGCAGACCUUAGCGAUGGAAACAAAUGAUAAGAUUAAGGGUCCGAUGAAAUAG